CGCAGUUUCGUAAUUUCAUCCCCCCAGCAAAUUUUCUGCUUAAUGCUAACAUUUCUGCAUACGCCCACCUGUUCCUCCGGAACUUCUCUCUCCCUCUCUCUCUAAAAAUCUAUAUCUAUCUUCUCCCUUUAUUUUAUUUUAUUUUAUUUACAUUCUUCUUUCUUCUUCUUCUGCUAGAGAUUGUCUCUCGCUGGGUUGCAUCUAACAAUGUCGCCGAGCGUAAGAGACCUGCAGCUGUCCGAGGUCCCCGGCGAUAGGAAAUCACGUCCGUUGAUCGUGGCGGGAGAUGAAGCUGGCGACCUCGAAGACGUUAGGCUCCUUGACUCCUAUGAAAGCCCGGAUUAUUCGCAUACAAUUAUGAUUGACGGGGAAGGAGAAGCAGAAGGAGAAGAAGCGAUGAAGAGGAUUCAGGUCAGAGUUACGGGGAUGACCUGUGCUGCCUGCUCUAAUUCCGUGGAAUCAGCUCUCAAGAGCGUCAAUGGGGUUUUGAGAGCCUCUGUUGCCUUGCUUCAAAAUAAGGCUGAUGUCGUGUUUAACCCUACUUUGGUUAAGGAUGAUGACAUCAAGAAAGCAAUUGAGGAUGCAGGCUUUGAGGCUGAGAUUCUAGCUGAACCCAUUACAUUUAAAACAAAGCCAAAUGGAACUCUUUUGGGGCAGUUCACAAUAGGGGGUAUGACGUGUGCAGCCUGUGUGAACUCAGUUGAAGGUAUUUUGAGAGAUCUUCCUGGAGUCAAAAGGGCAGUAGUGGCCUUGGCUACUUCUUUAGGUGAAGUUGAGUAUGAUCCUACUGUAAUUAGUAAAGAUGAUAUAGUGAAUGCAAUUGAAGAUGCUGGUUUUGAAGCUGCACUUGUACAGAGUAAUCAGCAGGACAAAAUCAUACUAGGAGUUGAUGGGAUAUUCAGUGAGAUGGAUGUACAGCUUUUAGAAGGAGUGCUUAGCACAUUAAAAGGGGUACGGCAGUUUCGUUACAACAGGAUGUCCAAUGAGCUAGAAGUUCACUUUGACCCUGAAGUUGUUGGUUCUAGAUCAUUGGUUGAUGGGAUUGAGGGAGGAAGUGGUCUGAAGUUUAAAUUACAUGUUAUGAACCCUUAUGCAAGAAUGACUUCUAAAGAUGUUGAAGAAACCUCCACUAUGUUUUGGCUAUUCAUUUCCAGUCUGUUUCUUAGUAUUCCUAUAUUUUUCAUACGAGUUAUAUGCCCUCACAUUCCACUUCUAUAUUCUUUGCUUCUCUGGAGAUGUGGACCCUUCCUUAUGGGUGAUUGGUUAAAGUGGGCAUUAGUGAGUGUGGUUCAGUUUGUAAUUGGGAAGCGCUUCUAUGUAGCAGCUGGUAGAGCCCUUCGAAAUGGUUCAACCAACAUGGAUGUUUUAGUUGCACUAGGGACUUCAGCCUCAUACUUCUACUCAGUUUGUGCACUGCUAUAUGGUGCGGCUUCUGGAUUCUGGUCUCCAACAUACUUUGAAACAAGUUCCAUGCUGAUAACAUUUGUACUGUUGGGGAAGUAUUUGGAGUGUCUUGCAAAGGGAAAAACAUCAGAUGCCAUAAAGAAGUUAGUAGAACUUGCACCAGCAACGGCGCUUCUGAUUGUCAAAGACAAAGGUGGAAGGUGCAUUGGGGAAAGGGAAAUAGAUGCCUUACUAAUUCAGCCUGGUGACACAUUAAAAGUUCUUCCUGGUGCCAAAGUUCCUGCUGAUGGUGUUGUUGUAUGGGGUUCAAGUUAUGUUAAUGAAAGUAUGGUAACUGGUGAAUCUGCACCUGUUUUGAAGGAGGCUAAUUCAUUGGUUAUUGGAGGUACAAUAAAUUUGCAUGGUGCUCUUCAAAUGCAGGCUACCAAAGUAGGAUCUGAUGCAGUUUUGAACCAGAUAAUUAGUUUGGUUGAGACAGCCCAAAUGUCCAAAGCUCCAAUUCAGAAAUUUGCAGAUUUUGUGGCGAGCAUUUUUGUUCCUACUGUUGUUGCUAUGUCUUUGUUGACAUUUUUGGGUUGGUAUGUUGGUGGAACUAUAGGUGCUUAUCCAGAUGAUUGGCUACCAGAAAAUGGCAAUUACUUUGUUUUUGCCCUCAUGUUUUCAAUUUCAGUGGUGGUAAUUGCAUGUCCGUGCGCUCUUGGCUUGGCAACACCAACUGCUGUCAUGGUUGCAACUGGGGUUGGGGCUAACAACGGUGUACUGAUAAAAGGAGGAGAUGCUUUGGAAAGAGCUCAGAAGAUCAAGUAUGUCAUAUUUGAUAAAACGGGCACUCUAACCCAGGGGAAAGCCACAGUUACUACUGCAAAGGUUUUCACUGGAAUGGAUCGUGGAGAAUUCCUCAAAUGGGUGGCAUCUGCAGAGGCUAGCAGUGAACAUCCAUUGGCAAAAGCAAUAGUGGAAUAUGCACGCCAUUUCCAUUUCUUUGAUUACCCUUCUGCAACUGAGGAGGGCCAAAACAACAGCAAAGUGUCCAUAAUCUCUGGAUGGCUUCUUGAUGUCUCAGAAUUCAAUGCUCUUCCAGGAAGAGGGGUCAAGUGCUUUAUUGAUGGAAAACAAGUUUUGGUUGGCAAUCGGAAGCUGAUGAAUGAAAAUGGAAUCACCAUCCCAACACAUGUAGAAAAUUUUGUAGUAGAACUUGAAGAAAGUGCAAAGACAGGCAUACUUGUUGCAUUUGAUGACAACUUGAUAGGUGUCUUGGGGGUUGCAGACCCACUAAAGAGAGAAGCUGCUAUAGUCAUAGAAGGUCUUCAAAAAAUGGGUGUCAAACCAGUCAUGGUGACGGGAGAUAAUUGGAGAACAGCUCGUGCUGUUGCCCAAGAGGUAGGCAUUCAAGAUGUGAGGGCUGAAGUAUUGCCAGCGGGAAAGGCUGAAGUCAUUCACUCAUUUCAGAAGGAUGGAAGUGUAGUAGCAAUGGUGGGUGAUGGUAUCAAUGACUCUCCAGCCUUAGCUGCUGCUGAUGUUGGGAUGGCAAUUGGGGCAGGAACGGACAUCGCUAUAGAAGCUGCAGACUAUGUCUUGAUGAGGAAUAACUUAGAAGACGUAAUCACAGCCAUUGAUCUUUCAAGGAAAACUCUCUCUCGCAUUCGAUGGAAUUAUAUUUUUGCAAUGGCAUAUAACGUGAUAGCAAUACCUGUUGCUGCUGGAGUUUUCUUUCCAAUACUAGGGAUCCAGUUGCCGCCAUGGGCAGCUGGUGCUUGCAUGGCUCUCUCAUCUGUAAGUGUUGUAUGUUCAUCUUUACUUCUCAGAAGAUACAAAACACCCAGACUUACAACGAUAUUAGAAAUAACUGUGGAAUAGGAACAAAAAAAUAAGAAAAAAGCAAAGAAAUAAAAGCUUUGUAGUAAGGAAAUUGAAAUGGGAAUAGAGUGAGUGGAUGAAAUCUGGAAUUCCUAGUUUUGUAUAUUUAUCUUUUCUUUUUCGGUUUAUACGCCCUGAGGUGUAAUUUUACCAUCCAAUUCUUUGUAGAUGGCACUUCUUGUGGAAAUAUUCUCUUUGGUGUGUGCUUUUACAUUUCUUUUCCCAUUCAAUGAAAAGGAUUUUGUGUUCUCCAAA